CAAAGGGACAGCUGUCAGUCGAGCUGUCCCACAGCAUAUAUGUCAGCCAUGUGUCAAUCGGGCACAUACCAAAGAAUAUAUCCCCACAUGGAACCAGAUCAAGUGCUCUGAGGAUGUUCUCAGUGUUUGGAAAACAAAAUAUCGAGGAUCCAAAAAUCUACCUGGGUACCUUUGAGUAUGAUGCCAGUGGAAGGCCACUUCAGUUAUUUAAGAUGGCGGGUCAUGAAAGAGAUGUGGUGAAGUACCUGACACUGAAGAUACACAGCAACUGGGGCAACCACAAUUAUACAUGUAUUUAUAGCUUUAGGGUUCAUGGAAAGAAGGCACUCAGUGACCUUUAAAGGCUGUAGAGACAUGUAGGAAUACAUUGAAUAUAAAAAUGAAUAAGAAAAGAAAGAAAUUAUGUGAAGAUCAAUCAGAUUGGACUAGUUCAGUGUUUGCAGUCUGAUUCACCUCACCCCCCAACCGGUCGAGGCAGAUAACCGCCCCUCCCCGAGUCUGGUUCUGCUGGAGGUUUCUUCCCGUUGAAAGGGAGUUUUUCCUCCCCGCUGUCGCUAAAUGCUUGCUCGAAGGGGAUCGUCAGAUU